ACCAAGAUACUGAGAGUAAGAAAGGCAAUGGAGAAUAACAACCAGAAGCGGUUUGUGCUCGUCCAUGGGGUGUGCCACGGCGCAUGGACUUGGGACAAGGUGAAAACGCAGCUGGAGGCUGCAGGUCACUGUGUGACGGCAGUGGAUCUAGCUGCAUCGGGUCUAAACAUGACCAGAGUGGAAGAGAUUCAGACUCUAAAGGAUUACUGCAAACCGUUGCUUGAGUUUCUGAGCUCGCUUGGCUCAGAUGACGAUAAGGUGAUUCUUGUUGCUCAUAGCAUGGGAGGAAUACCGGCUGCACUUGCUGCUGACAUCUACGCUUGUAAGAUUGCUGCUAUAGUCUUCGUGACAGCUUUCAGGCCCGACACAAAAAACCCACCUGUUUAUGUUUACGAAAAGGUACAUAAAUGAACAUAAUUUUAUCUGACCAGAAGCAUUCCACAAGAGGAAUGGUUGGACACCGAGUGUGGAACCUACGGGACACCUGAUUGUCCUCUACAGAGUACUCUUUUGGGACCAAAGUUUAUGGCCAAGAAAAUGUAUCAACACUCUCCAGUUCAAGAUCUUGAAUUGGUGAAGACGUUGGUGAGGACAAAUCCGAUAGUUACAAACAAUCUGGCAGGGACAAGAAGCUUCAGUGAGGAAGGGUACGGAUCCGUUACACGUAUAUAUAUUGUAUGCGGAGAGGAUCUUGUGGAACCCGAAGAUUACCAGCGCUGGAUGAUCACGAACUUUCCGCCAAAAGAAGUAAUGGAAAUCAAAUGUGCAGAUCACAUGCCAAUGUUCUCCAAGCCUCAAGAAGUUUGUGCUCUUCUCCUGGAGAUUGCAGAUAAAUAUUGCCAAACUUAA